AUGGAUCAACCAUCAACGACAACAACAACAACAACAUCAACCUACUCUUCUUCUUCAUCUUCAUCUACGACGUCAUGUCUAAUAUCAUUAUUCAGAGUUAGAAUUAAAAAGGUUGAUUGUAAAACAAAUAAUCAAGAAAUGAUUCAUAAUAUGUUUAAUAAAUACCAACCCAUCAACAUAUCAAUAUGUGAUAAUACAAUGGUAGGAACUGUAUUUUUAACAUUUGAUCAUUUAGAUAGAGCAUUGAAAUGUAUUGAAUCUAUCAAUAGUGAUGAUAGUAAUCAAAUGAAUGCAAUCAUGGCAAGUGAAUCAUUGGGAGGAGGAGGAGGCAUUGAAUCAUUGAAAAAGUUAAAUGUGGCCAAUGCAUUGUUUGGCAAUGACAGAGAACUGAUGAAAACGACGACAUUGGCAGGUACCGGUAAUCAACCAGACCACUUUUUAUAUCCUCCACCAAAUCAAUUGAUCAUUGAUAAUAUCAACAAGACCAUGUUGGCCGUACCAGAAUUCUAUACCAACAUACUACAUCUAAUGAAUAGAAUGAAUCUACCUCCUCCUUUUACCCAUCCUUUUCCAGGUGAAUCACCUUCCAGUAUAGUAUCAUCAUCAUCAUUACAAACUGAAAGAAAAAGAAAAACAAAUACAAAUAGUAAUAAUAGUAAUAAUAGUAAUAAUAGUAAUAAUAGUAAUCAAAUGAUGAUUGAAAAAGAGGAAGAUGAAGAUGAUACUAGUAGUAGUUUAAACCAAAAACAAGAAAGAAUGGAAGAAGAAAUACCAAUACCUGAACAACCAAAUAUAAUAAUAAUAAUGAGUGAUGAAAAACAAGGAGAAAAGAAAAUAGAGAAUUCAAAAAAGAAAGCUAAACAAUCACAUCAUUCACCUACUACCAAUGAUAAUAAUAAUAAUGGAGAUAAAUAUUAUAGUAGAGAGAAUGUAAUUAGUUUGGAAGAAUUGACAAGAAAUCAAAUACCUUUGGAUGAAUUGGAAAAGAAUGUAUUGAAAAAGAAAUUGGAAAUUGGACAAGAAUCAAAAAGAUUGUAUCUAAAGAACCUAUCAAAAGAUGUAGUACUGGCAGACUUGGAAUAUAUCUUUGGAAGAUACUUUGCAUCUAAAAAGGAAAUGAAUGAUAAUUGUCAAAUUACACAUUUCAAUAGUGGUAGAUUAAAGAACCAAGCUUUUGUCGUAUUUUCAUCACAAUCUAUUGCCAAUGAUGCCUUAAAUCAAGUUCAAGGUUAUAAUUUAAAAAACAAACCAAUUAUUAUUCAAUAUGGAAAGCAUAGUAAUGUUACUAAGGAAGAAGAUAAUUGGAUGGAAAGGCAAGGUGAACAAGUCGAGUUGCGACCAUUUGAGUUUAUUCACAGUGUAUAA